AUGCACGACCUGAACAUCCAGUCCUACACCAAGAUCCGGUGUUGGGUGAGAGGAGCCGUCCACGAAGGAUGGCUCCACGAAGCGCGGCUCGUUCGUGUCCAAAAUCACCUGCGAGGCGUCGCUUGCCACAUAAAGCUGGAGAAGGUGGGCGAAGUGGAGUUUCCCGUGUAUCGGCGUAUUCAUGCCGCAGUUCGCACGAGGCCGUGCUGCAAGUGGGGCCGGCACAACUCUCUCCUUGCCCAGCUCCGAGCAACAGGCGACGUAGCCGAUGUCAAGCCGGCACAUGCCGGCACCUGCUCACGAGGAGACCUCUUUCCGGACACCACGCAUCUUGACAGGGGGAAAACUCGUUGCAUGGGUGAAGCACUUGCUAGCAACGGGACCAACUUCGGUUUUUGGCUCGGGCCCCGACAAAGCACCCCCUGGCAGUACAAUCGCAAUCUCGAGGCAAGCGGAUUCGUCAACUAUCCGAGUCCUGUUGCUCUUCGCCUCUUAGCGAUGGCGACCAGUUGUGCCAACGGCUGCGCAGCCCAGUUCCAAGGACUGUGUGGAUGCUUUGCGGGACUUCAGAAGCCAAGAAUUGCCGACGUGGACCCAGACACUAAGCCUGAGAGUGAGGUGCUGUCGGAGAGAGGGCCCCUCGCCGAUGUUCGACACUCCGAGUCACCAGCCCUUCUCUCCAGGUCCCAAUCCAGCGCUAGUGGUGAGUCACGCGGGCCAUUGGUUCGUCCGACGCUGCUGACCUCCAAGGUCCUCGGCUCCCAGGCGAGUAGUUGUGCCUCCAAGACCCAGAUUUCCAGAGACCUCGAAAACCUUGGCCUUUGUCCAGUUUGA